AUGGCCCCGAAGGAGAAGAAGACCAAGGAGCAGAUCGCCGCGGCUGCUGCCGCAGGCAGCAAGAAGAGCAAGAAGAAGUGGUCCAAGGGGAAGAGCAAGGACAAGCUGAACUACGCGGUGAUGUUUGACGCGGGAACUUUGGAAAAGUUUCUCUCCGAAGUUCCCAAAAUGAAACUUGUGACUCCUUUUUCCAUUUGUGAACGUUUCCGCAUAAACGCCUCGCUGGCGCGCCGCGGCAUUCGCGAGCUGUACAGACAGCAGCAGCUGCGGCCCCUCGGCGACCAGCACCACUCCCACUACAUCUUCACGCGGCCUGCUGCAGCAUGA